AUGUCUGCUCCAUCUGUUCCUAGCAAGCCUCAACACUCGCGCCAUGACACUGCGCUGAUUCACGGUCUUUCGACCUCGGAGGUCCAGGCUUUGUCCGAGGCUUGCAUUGAAGCCAAGGAGAGAGCUUACUGCCCUUACUCCAAGUUCAGAGUCGGUGCCUCCCUGCUCUUGAAGUCAGGCCAAGUUAUCCGCGGCGCAAAUGUCGAGAACGCAGCCUACCCUGUAGGCACCUGCGCCGAGCGCACCGCCCUGGGCACUGCUGUAGUGGAAGGCGCACGACGAGGAGACAUUCGCGCUCUUGCUGUUGCCACAGAUAUUUCUCCCCCAGCAAGUCCCUGUGGCAUGUGCAGACAGUAUAUCCGGGAAUUCUGCGAGCCUUCGAUGCCCAUUUUGAUGUAUGACAAGGAUGGAAAGUCUACGGUGCUCACGCUGGAGCAGCUUCUGCCCAUGAGCUUCGGACCGGAGAGCUUGCCUAUGCAUUAA